GAGGUAUCAACGACACUUGGAGAAUACCACGACUAACUAGUGUAGACAAUGUCCUACAGCACUAAUUCGCGGCCCCCUCAGCCCGUCCCUGGCCUUAAACUAACCGUCCAAUUCGUCAUCAGCGAGCGUGAUGGCCAACCUCACAUCACCAUUCGACCCGCUUUCAAUUAUCGCCGUCUCAUUAGCCCUGUCGGCAACCGCUGGUUCAUGCCCUGGGAAGAACGCCUCCAAUCCACCAUCACCUUCCCGCCUGGGCGCGAGGAGCUUCGUCGAUACAUCCGCGAUCAAAUGCUCUGGUGCGACCCAGUUGGCGUGGUACAAGCAACCGACGACCAAAUCACCUUGAAGGGAAUUCCUGAAGUUCUUCUACAGUGGAGAAUCCGCGCGCAGCAUGCCGAAAGCGGGGAUGGACGAAGGAUUUGGGAGCAAGGACCGGUGAUGUCGAGGGCGGCUGAGCAAUUCAUUGGGCUCUUUCGGGUUGUGGAGGUAAAAGAGAUCGACUGGGUGGAGGUGACGAUGAGUAGGGAUGGUUGGGGUGGCGUGUUUAAGGAGCUGGCGAAGGGGAGGAGGGAGUUGGGGGUUGGGGAAACGAGGCUGAGGGCACUUCCGCGGGGAGGGUGGGAUGUCGAGCGGAAGAGGUUGAUGUUUUGGAGUCCGUCGAUGUGAGGUGCGAUGUGGUGUGAGAGUGAGCGGGAGAUGGAA